GGACAGGAGGAGGAUCAGCGGAGUUAUCCCUGUGUCUGUCGUGUCUUUUCCCGUGCUUUAACUCGGUGGGACGAGUAUGGCUUUGACCCAAGAGUCUCUCCUGACUUUUUUGUUGGAACGUGGAGGCAAAGUGAAGAACUCCGAGCUGCUGAACAGUUUCCGAAGUGUCUUUGACUGCUGCGAUCCCGCGGAAAAGCAGCACAAUAGAGACCGCUUCAAGGCGCUGGUGAACAGCGUCGCUGUGGUCAAACAGAUCGACGGGGUGAAGUUCGUCGUGGUGAAGAAAAGGUAUCAGGAUUUUGUGAAAGAUGUGGCACCGAACCUCCCCCAGCAGGUGGAUUAUAGCGGUUCGGGUCCAACCCAGACCGGCUCUGAGUCCAGUUGUUACCGGAAGAUUGACUCAGAUGCUGAAAACAAUAACGAACCCGCGGACGCUGCUGUUGCGCUCAGAGGGGGUUCACGCACGCGCAAAGGUCCGGAUUCUACCACUGUUAAAAUUCUGAAUAUCCCCGGAGAUCAGGUGGGCAAAUCUGGAGCAGUGUUUGCCGUUGUUGCCGUAAAAUCCCCACCUAGAGACCUUCCACCAGCAGCACACCUCCAAGCGCAGAAAAGUGCAGAAAACUUGGUUUGUGGCUCAGAUUGCAGGUUGGAUUCAGCAAAGCAAGCCCAGAGAUGGCAGGCAGAGGCUGCAGUGAGGCAUCCAACUCUGAACCCAUCAAGACAAGCAGAUGAGGAGUGUGUACCUUUAGAGCCACUGGCUCAUGAGUGGCUGGUGAAAUGUGCAGCUGGACUUUGGGAACACAUACACGCUUUGCUGUUGCGAGACACCCGCCUGGCCCAGAAGAGGGACUUUGUGUCGGGUUUCACAGCUCUGCACUGGGCUGCCAAGGAUGGCAACUGCGGCAUGGUCCAGGAACUCAUGACGGUCUCCAGAAAAAGAGAGACUUUUGUGAACAGCAAAUCCCAUGGAGGAUACACGCCUUUGCACAUUGCAGCCAUACAUGGACACACUGAGGUGAUGGAGCUGUUGGUGCAGAGGUACGGGGCCAGUAUAAGCGACAGGGACAAUGAUGGAAGGAAGGCCAUCCACUAUCUGGAGAAAGGGGCUUCAAUGGAGGUCAGAGCACUUCUGGGAGGACAAGACAAGACAGAGGAGGAGGAGGAUUACAAGGGGCAGACAAAAGGCUUCAACACGAUUAGUAAACUGUUCCACCCUCACAUGGGGAAAAAGCAAAAAACAAGCAAGUCGGUACAUGAGUGGUGAUAAACUCAGCGUCUUUUAGAACUAAACAAUGUGUACUUUUUGCAAAUAUCUUGCAGAACAUAGUACAGUGCAUCACUGUUAAUGUACUAUCCUUAACUAGUACUUCUAAAAUCUAAAACUUUUGUAUCAUUUUCUCUUAAACCGGUAAGCGUCCUGCAUUUCAUAGUAAAACUACAGUGUCAGGUUUGAAGCUGGUCUUUGUGUGGGACUUGCCGCAGAAAAACAAAGCUUUUUAUUAGGCAGGACAUGGGAACACGGCCUUUGGUGAGGUCAGUUAUGCAAAGUAUGUGAGCAUGUCGGUGACGGUUGGAAUGCUUCCUUUAUCUGUUUUUUCUGUGGACUUCAAAGUUGGAACACAUGAGCAACGCCUUAUUUUGUAGGUUUUUGGACUCCUUUUAAUAAUAAAAUAAGUCAUCUUUUACCAGAAAGAAAAAUUUUGAUUAAACUCAAUUUACUGGGAUUACUUAUUGCUUCAUGUCAACAACAUAUUAUAAAAUGCAAUUAGUUUUUCCCUUAUUGUACUUUUUUGUGCAUAUAAACAUAGUCUUAUUGUUUUAAUAAAAACAAUUUAGCAUCUACAAGA